AUGAGCCCCAUCUUCAUCAACAAGUCGGCUGCGGAAGCAACUGUCGAUGGCCAGAGCCCUACCGCGGCAUCUGCAGUGCUUGCAUUCCAUCAGAAGCUGCCUCACUACGCAAAGACGCCACUACACUCACUCCCGCAUGUGGCCAAGGAGUUGCAACUCGGCCAUGUCUUCAUCAAAGACGAGUCCAAUCGCUUUGGCCUGCCGUCCUUCAAGAUCCUCGGCGCGUCGUGGGCUGUAUUCAGAGCUGUUGCGGAAAGACUGCGUCUAGACCCGUCCGCAUUCAUGGAAGACAACCCCGGGGGCGAGUUCUGGGCUCGUCUGGGAACCAUGGCCAGGGCAGAAGGACUCAGUCUGGUGAGUUGCACGGAGGGCAACUGGGGCCGUGCCGUGUCUCGCAUGGCCAAGUAUAUCGGCAUACCGGCCAAGAUCUAUGUCCCGAGCUUCAUGCCCGAGACGACGCGGGCGCGCAUCAGGUCUGAGGGCUCCGAGCUGGUGGUGGUGGACGGUAGCUACGACGACGGCGUUGCUGCAGCUCGAGCAGAGUCGGAGACAAAAGAGCUCGCCAUAUUCGCUAUGGACAUGGGUUUGGAAGGAUAUCAGACAUUCCCUGGUUGGGUGGUUGAAGGGUACAGCACGAUGUUGAAUGAGUCCGACGUUCAAGUCCCAGAGGCUACAGGAGGCAAGGCAACUACGCACGCCUUCAUCCCCGUGGGCGUCGGCUCGAUCGCACACGCGGUCACCAAACACUACAAGAAGCACCCUUUGGGCAGCCAAUCCAGGGCUUCCGUCGUGACAGUCGAGCCGACCACUGCAGCUUGCCUGAGAGCAUCACUAGAAACAGGAGGGAUGACUACCGUUGAGACCGGAGACUCCAUUAUGUGCGGUAUGAACUGCGGUACAGUAUCAUCCACCGCCUGGCCCACGCUCGAGUCUGGGGUUGAUGCGGACGUGACUGUCACGGACAAGGAGGCACACGCGGCUGUGACUGAACUUUCGACGAUGGGCCUGCAGCCAGGGCCAUGUGGCGCCGCCACUUUGUCCGCACUACGGAAGGCAUGUUCUGAGGCUCGAGAGGAGCUCGGCUUCACCCAGGAUUCUACCGUCGUUCUGUUUUGCACGGAAAGCCAACGCGAGUACCAGAUUCCGGUCUGA